GAAGUUUGAUUGUGAAAGGAGGUAUCAAGCUGCGCUGGGAGGUGUACCAGCAUCAUGUCAGGAAGUUACCGAGAAUAUGGACGGGAUGGAGAUCGAGACCGACGCCGAGAAGCUAUCCGCAAUGAAGAUCAAGACAGAGGACGUGAUGAUAGAUUGGACCAAAGACCGAAGUACGGUAGGGAGCGCCGAGCAUCCUCAAGAGAGCCACCAAAACGUUUUGUUCCCGUUUGCUACGAGUGCGGAGAGCUCGGGCACUAUCGCAAUCAAUGUCCGCGGCUUAGUGGUGAGGGCAGUUCCCGAUUCCCAUCACGGGGUCGAUCGACAUCACCAAGGAACUAUCCAAGACAUCCAGAUAGGAGACCGACUUGUGAUGAACCUGUACUGAAGAAGCAAUUUGAGGAUCUAUCAAGUAUUGUCGCUACGAUGAAAGAAUUCGUCGAAAGAGAGAAUGCAAGAAGGGAGGAGAAGGAGAGGCGAAAACAGGAAAAGGCGGAGCGUAGGAAGCAUGAAGAGGAAGCAAAAGCGGAGGCGGAACAUUUGGAAAUGGAGAAGAAGCUUGAGGCUGAACGUCGUGAAAACGAGAAGAAGAAGGAAACGAUGAGGUUGGCGGAACAGAAGGAACAGAUGAAAAAAGAGGUGAUCUCCACAGUAUCGGUGCACAUGGGUGGUUUGCGAGAAGAGCUCAAGUACCAUAUGGGCAGAUGCCUGGAGGAGCUAGCCAAGCUUAAGGGAAAGGCUAAAAAGCAAUCGCCCAGCACUGGACAAUCAUCCGAUGAUGAGUACGAGUCAUCCGAGAGUGAAGUUGAAGCUCUUAGUGAGAAGACCGGACACCUAACUAUUGGAGGGAAGAGACGACGUGGACCUGAGAAAGCGAUUGGUGACAGCCCGCCAAUGGAAUCGCGUGCCAAGCGCACCUCGAAGAAGCCAGGAGGGAGUUAUGCAAGAACGACGGGACGGCUGCUGGGCUGUAAACCGAUCCCUAUGAAGAACUCGCCAACGAGGAAGACUCCGAGAAAGACCUCAGCGAAGAAGGUGAGGAAGAUACCGGCUACUAUCGGCCCUAUGGGCCGAGUUCGGUAUAUGAAAGAUAACCUCCGGGAGUUGGGAGAACUGACCGUGGAGGAUCUGAAGAAGAUCUGCCGAGAUGAAAACGUGGCGUACAAAGGAUUGAAGAAAAUGAACACCAUCCUGGCUAUCACUGAAAAGAGAACGCAUGAGGCUUACGGAUCAGCGGACGACGAAGCUCCUGAGGAGGUGAAUACAAAAACUACAUAUGAAGAAGACCAAACGGCGACCACUGAUGACGACGCUGCUACAGUUGGCGAAAGGGUUUUUCUGUUGUCGAAGGAGUUGUCUGAGGCCUUCAACCGCUGGAGUAAUUGUCGAGGGAAUGCGGCUAAAUUUAGCCGCGAGGAAGUUGAUCAGUGCUUGAUUCGUAACCCUGAACCUGUGAAGUGCUAUUUGAAAUUGUCUGAUGUGGAAACGGUAAAAAGGCCUUUGGAUGGAUAUGUGUUGACGCCACUUGACCGUAAUUCGGGUGAAACGUUAGUACUGUGCCCUUUUGUCUACUAUGAUGCCAUGUUGAGUCUGUUUAUCCAGAGUCCCGGGUACACUGUGGAAGUCAGAUCGGAAGCUGAAGUACUGAAUACCAUGAGGAUGGAUUUGAAGAAAGUGGGCCUACAGCGAUUUGGUGGUUGGAACAGCAAGGGGAGAAUGGGCGAUGCUUAUGCUCUCCCAAAACACAAGGACAUAUCGAGAUACCGACCGAUAUGCCCUACGUUCUCUGAACCAACAGUGCGAGCUGGGAGAUGCGUGGCGAAAGCCCUUAACCACCUACUUUUCACGCUCCCUCAGGAUUGGCACUUUAACCUAAGGAGAUCUUCCAAGAACGGUGACAGGAUGGAUCGACGACUGACCAACGGUAGACUGGCAGGCACGACAACAAGAGUGAGCAAUCGGCAACGCAAUGCGGGGUUUGUGGCGAAGCAAGCGUACGACCCGACGUUGUAUGCUCACCUGCCUUCGCAUGAGAUUCCUCUGCCGCCGUCAGAUGACGAGGGGGAAGACGUCAGGUCGUUGACUGUGCCGUUGGGAAGUGGUUCCACGCAGGAUUGGGCGGCAACGCAGUCCGACGGUGGCAGGCAAGUGGAGACCCCGUGGUCUUACACUUCACUGCUGAAGGAGGGGCUGUGCGACGACAAUGGCAAUGCAACGAGGAGGAGUCGGCGAGAAUCAACGUCCGGAAUGGAUGCGCUUAUCACCAGCGUGGGACCGCGUGGACGACAGCAACAGGAGGACGCGUCCGAGACAGUUGCGCACGUAGAACGAGACGGCAGGCAGUUGUGGGCAGAGUGCAGGCAGACCUUGCGUCAAGCUGAAACAGACACAAUAACGAGAGGGGUGCAAGGGCUCCACAUCGACGAAGGCGACGAUGCGGCUGUUCAGGAGCCCCUCGACUUCGACGACGUUGACGGUGACGACGAUUGCAACUUCGACGAUUUGCCUGAGAUUAGGCCACUUGGGAGGAAGGUGAGGAACGGCGGUGCGAGUGCGAAGAAGGGUUCCACUCCGAGAAAUUGGAGGAACAACUUGAAGAAAAUGGACGACGACACAGGCGGGAGCGAUGGCGAGGGCGCUCGAAAUUUCUGGUCCGUCAGAGACACGAUCACACUCGUGAGGGCGAAAAGGGAUCAAGAUUUGUAUUUCGCAGGCAUGGGGCACAAUUUCCGCCGCAUGAAGAUCAGGGAAUGGACGUGGGAGGACGUCCGGUCCAGGUUGCAGAAGAUGGGCGUCACGAGGAAGACCGUCGACUGCGGGAAGAAACGAGACAACUUGAUGCAACACUUCAAGAAGGUUCACAAGUUUCAGCACCUCUCCGGUGGUAAGGACUACUUCAAGCUUGCUUCAUCAGCCAGGAGAUCGGAGGGCUUCAACUUCGUUAUGGACCGGAGCAUGUACGACGAAAUGGAGCCCAUGACGAAGGGGGAUCACACGAUCCACCCGAAGAAUUGGAGGACACGAGGGCGCCAGGAGGGGUUCAGAUGCCAGCAGGCGCGGGGGCUGUAGGGGAAUCCAUGGGCAGUGAGGGUGGAGGGGAGCCCGUCGACGAGGAGCAGGAGUCGACGAAAGAUUGGACAUUCAGCGCGGGGAGCGCCGGCGGUUCCGGGAAAAGGAAGGACAUGCGGAAACAAACCUUUGAGGCCGUC